GAAAAUGUGAUAAUACCGGUGGUGUAUAUAUAAGGUCUCCACAAUGUUCGGCGACGCAAGAGAGUUAUUAUUAUAAUGAAUUCAGCGGAUAUAGAUUUCCUCCGUGAAGUAAGGACAGCAGUCCUAGACGAUUUAAAAAGUGCACCGGUCAAAUACACACCUGAGGUAUCCAACGGUCACCUACCUGACCGCCGUCCCGUGCGGUGGGUAUUUCCCCGGGGUAGGGGUCAUAUCGCAGAACUGGUCAACAAAAGAGACACUCUUUAUUUUGUCGGGUUUAUAGGUGACACAAGAAAAUUAAGCGAGUUAGAUGACGGCAUCAGGAAACAAAUUUGGGACACUGACCAGCAGUUAGUGGAGCAGCUACUGCAGUGUCCGAUCGUCUCCGGGUAUUUCUCGGCAGAGAGAGCAGACAGGAACAACUGGGGGAACCUGGUGAUUUUUCAAUCCGCCCAUGCCAUUUCAGAGUUGGUGACCUCUAAAACACACGCAGCAGCUGUCAAAAAUCUCUCGCCUCGAUAUUACCGUAGGGUGCGGAUCCAUAGCGGGGAACUCAUGGGCGGAUUUUACGGGGAAAUACAGGUACGCAAAACCAUCCUCCUAGACUACGAGUCAGCCACACAGCCUGCCAGAUCAGUGGUUUACUGGGAUCCGUGAUGAUUGGACCUAUUAUAUCUAUUUAUAGAAUGAUUUUGUAUUGCUACCAUAUCAAUCUUUAUAGGGGAAACACCAUCCCCAAAUAAAUGUAAAGAAUAGUCAA